AUGUGGUGCGACUGUUGGGACCCGAAGGACCUACCUCAGUCGCAGUGGGCACCCGCCUCCGCCGACGGCCCGCAGCCCCAGGCAGACUCCGACGCCGCCCCCUCCCAGCAGCCUCCCGGCCAAGAAGCGGCCCCGUCCCCUGCGCCCGCGGAGCAGCCCCCGGAGCCGUCCGCGCCCGAGGAGAGCGGGACCGGCGCGCCCCCCCAGGAGCCCGAGAGUCCGUGGGGGGCGCAGACUCGGCCCCCGCGCCCCGGGACUGGACCCGCGCGGCCCCCAACUUGGUGCUCUGGCCUGGCCGAUGCGCACGUCCUGCUCCAGCCCGGCCACACCCCGGACCCCAGCCCUGCUCCGAGCUCGCGUGGCUGUCAAGCCCCCGGCCGGCUGAGGCCAACCCCGCGCGCGCCCCGCUUCUUGCGGCGGUGGUGCCCCGGAGAGGGCGGGGCCGUCACCUCCGCCGUUGGCCGCGGACACGCCCAGUUUGGUGCUUACCCUGCUGCUGCUUCCCUUCGGGUCCCGGCCGGGAGAGGGCGGGUCUCUGGCUCCUGGUGGAGGGGCGCCUUUGCCCAGCAGGGCCCCCACGGGUUUGGACUGGACGCCGCCGCGGCCUUGGGGGCCCGCGCUCAGAGGAACUCGGCUCCCACCCUCGCCACAGGCACCCGCACGCUCUCAGCACCCUAUCCAGUGCACGCACCUCGGCCUCCAACUCCAGCACGGGGGACGGGGAGCUUCUGGAAUGGUUCUCUGAACCUCACGACGGAGAUGCCGCCGGCCCCCGUGUCACCGCCUGGCGACAGAGCCGGCGCCCGGACAGGCACCCGGGGCUGCUGA